CAAAGAAGAAGAGUUGUUUACACUUGGAGAAACUUUCGUGACAAAUCGAUUAAGGCAGGCAGCAAAGCGCAUCGAAGGCACGCACUCAAGUGACAAAAUCACAGAGGCAGUGGCUGCUGCUUUCGUAAGACUCCAAUUACUGGUGCUCUCUCAUCCAGACGAUGGCUUUGCUAAAGACCAACGCAAUGACAGUAUUCCUUGAAACCUCGCGAUGACAAGUCGUUGGAUAUUUUUGAUCCUACUCCUUUAUGUGGGCGCCCAGGAGGGCAACGCUGGCACGGUCUUGGAUAACGUUGGGGACAGCUUGAAGAUGGCGGGACAAAUGUUUGGCAUCAAUACAGCCGCCGAUGUGGCAAAUCUGGUGGCGCAAGCCUUCUCGGGCAAUGGAUCCAGGGGCAAGCCGCUAGGUUUGAUGAGCAUUCUGCAGCACGGCUUCCAGCCCUCAGAGGACCAAGCGGAGCAGAAUCAAUCGGAGCAGCAGGAAGAGCCGCCUCAAGAGGAUGACGGCACUCGAAGGCCUCCUCAUCCGCCGCCUUUAAUGGGCAGUUUCGAUAGCGGACAACUGCUGACGAAUAUGCUGCGGAUGGUGGGCUUUGAUGCCCGAAAACUGGGAGCUCUGGCGCUCAAUGCCAUUAUCAUGAUUGCCCAGGCGAUUGGCAACACUCUGAUGCAGGCAACGCGAGGUGGAGCCGGCGGAAAUAACGGCGCUGCCUUCGAGGGACCUGAGGCGCUGUACGAACCAAACGAUCAUCAGCCGCGUUCUUUAUCCAUGGGUUCACCGAUAGAUUGGUUUCUACAGCGACCUGGGACGCACAGCAAGCGAUUGCUGGGCCGCAUUAUGGAUAGGGAUCUGCCCGAGCACAUACUGGACAUGAUCGAGUCCAAGGAGGACCUAGAAAGGGGCCACGAGGCCGGCUGCUUGAAGAUGCUCAUGUGCAAGAGCAAACCCAUUAUCUGGGGCAUGCAGAAUUCGCUAAAGAAGCGUCUGGCCGGGGAGCCCGAGCUACCAGAGGAGCAGGAGAAUCACAACUUUUUCAACAAGGGUAUAUUCUUCAAGUUUCUGCCCAGCCUGAAGGACUUCAAGGAACACAGUGCUGGCUGUGAGACGCGUUUCAAUGAGGAAUGUCCCAGGAAUGCAACAACGCAAGAGUAUUAAUAUUCAUUUUUCGAUGGAAACCCAUUCUAUUAUAUUCUAUAUAUAUAUAUGUUUUUUUUUUUAUUUGUUUAGCAACUUUUAUCAAAGGGAUUUGUAAUUUGUAUCUUAAACUUGCAUUCUACAAUAUAAAUCAAGAAGAUCGAUAAA